CCAUAUGACUACAUGGCCUCCAUUAUAGAACCUCUCACCAGCUCUCCCGUGGUCGUCUGCUUGCUCCAGAAGCGCCCUCAUGGAUUCCACAUCGAUGAAGAAGUCUGCUUUUCUGGUGAAAUCCAGAUUAGUCGUUGAGAGAAGGUUGAUGAAGGGCAGUUGAGACUCGAGGGAGAGACUAAAGAUUGAGGGCACAUAGGAUUUCUUGCCGUUUGUUUUUAUCUCUUGCGGAUUUAUGAUCAUGGCAGGAAUGCUCCCUGGGGUUGAAUACGCUCGCCGGAGACGCCUCCACCUCGGCGGCCCUUCGACUGAUGCGACAAGGAGAUCAUCCUUUAGCGUGUACACGACAGCACAUGAGAAAACCACGAAAAGGAGCAUCUUGAACCAAGAACUCCAUGAUGAAGCACUCGGACACAUCGCCAGGGAAGCUAAAGAGAGGUUGGAUGCCAGAUUAAAGAUCAGAAGACAUAACAGUGCUGGGAGCAUGGAGCAGAGCAAGAACGAGGGGCAGGGAGAGUUGCACGAGAUCCCUGGCAAUGUGCAGAGGGAGGUGUACUCUUCCAAGAACAGCAAGAAGAAGUUCAGCUGGAGCAAGAUGGGGUGGACGUCGCCGGAGCAGUCUGACUGCGCGGUAUGCUUGGAAGAGUACAAGACCGGGGACAUCCUCGUGCACCUGCCUUGCGCGCACAGGUUCCACUGGAACUGUGCCCAACCAUGGCUGGAGACCAGCUCUUACUGCCCUUGCUGCAGAACGACCAUAUUUGCAGAGUGGGAGCAGUCAGUGAAAUGAAUGAUGUGAUGAUUACUAAUGAAGAUCCAGUGUUUUAUUAGACAGAGAUGACGUUGGUUUUUUGUGAAUAUUCAUUCCUUUAUCUUCUAAGUUCAAAGAAGAAUGAAGUGAUGCCUGUGAAAUGAUGAUGUGAUUACUAAGGAUGUUCUUACGAGGUGUCCAAUUGACUGUAUCCAUGGUUCGUCGGAAUGAUCCCGAUGACUGUUACGAAUUCUA